AUGCUCCGAACGCAAACCGCCACGAAAGUCGUCCGCCAGGCGCUGGUCCGCAGCCAGUUCGCCUCGGUCCCUGCCGCGACUCGGGGUAACGCCACCCGCGCUCUCUCCAACCCCAUGCUCAACAACAUCGAGAAGAGGUGGGAGUCGAUGCCCCUUCAGGAGCAGGCCGAGCUCUGGAUGGCGUUGAGGGAUAGGAUGAAGGGUUCCUGGAAGGAGUUGACGGUGCAGGAGAAGAAGGCUGCCUACUGGAUCGCUUUCGGUCCUCACGGCCCCCGCGCCCUUGACCCUCCUGGUGAGGGCAAGAGCCUCCUCUUCCACGUCUCCCUCGUCCUCGUCGCCACCCUCGGUCUCUUCGUCGCUAUCCGCUCCUUCGGCAGCCCCUACCCUGACACUAUGAGCCAGGAGUGGCAAGAAGCCUCCAACGAGAUUCUCAAGGAGCAACGAUCCGACCCUCUCACCGGUAUCACUUCCGAGGGAUACGAGGGCAAGGGCAUGGUUCAGUCCCCUCCUAAGGGUGCCUAA